AUGGUCGGAAAAAAAGACGCAACACAAGAAAAAGAGGAUGAUGUUAAAAAACACAAUUUUGUGCAGAAUACUGAUACAAACUGUGACGAUCUUGCAAUUUUGAACAGGAUAAACAAGCUUGUACCCGUACGAAUAACGGAUUGCUCGAAUAUAUUUCUGAGAGAAAGACUUAUAAGGCAUUUUAAGCUGGUUUUCCGUGUGCCUUGGACUACCAUAAGAUCGUUCUUCUAUGAAUUGAAACAUUCAAAAAUAUUCAAUGCUCGUAUUUAUUUAGGUUAUGAGGGCUAUGAAGAUCUGUUGGACUUGAACAGCAUACUCCUAGAUGAAAGUUCUUUGCACAAUCCUGCUGAAAUUUUUAUUUUUUUCAAGAAGUUAAACAUGGAUGACUUGCAGAUCAUACAUACGAACAAAAAAGAAAUGCAGUAUUUGUUUGGUGACUCAUUUGAAAUGUUUUAUCGUCUCGAGAGGCUGCGGGUCAUAAAAAGAUUCGUAUCAAAGUAUAAACGCAUACUGGUAGAUUCUGUGAUCAGGAAAAGAUACAAAGGCAUCAGAGAGAUAAUGGAAAAAGGUGCAAGAUUUGGUGUGCUUGGGGAAGAAGGAAUCAAAACUUUCAAAAUGGUGCUGUAUGAGGAAUGUGUAGAUGUGGUGAGAGGAAUGAGGCUUACGAUUGACAUGCAAAUGUGUAAGAUGAUUAUACAAUGA